UGUGUGUCAAAAUUCAACAAUUUAUUUAUUAUAAAACGGAGUACAUUUUAACCCCAAAGUCUCAAUCACAUCAAGUUUCAGUCCCUCCCUUUCAUUUAUAAUGCAACAACUCUUUGGACUGAGCUGAACCCAAUUGCUACAACCGUAAUCGUACCUAGGUCGCUGCUGCUUCCUCCACAAAAAGGUCCUCUAAAAUGUAUUUGAAAUCCAAAUUGUCAUGGAAUGUCAUAAUCCCUGCUGAGAUCCUUGAAGUUGGAGGCUUAAUGCUUCAAAAGGCAAUUAUUGUUCGCCUCAUGGAUGAAUUUGCUUCCAAGAAGGCCUCAAAAAACCUUGGUUACUUUAUGGCUGUCACUUCACUGGAGAAGAUUGGGGAAGGGAAAGUUCGAGAACACACUGGUGAUGUUCUUUUCCCUGUGGAAUUCGGCUGUCUAACCUUCAAGAUGUUACGUGGAGAGAUUUUGGAAGGGGUUGUUGACAAGAUCUUGAAGCACGGUGUCUUUUUGCGAUGUGGCCCCACCGACAAGGUAUACCUUUCUCAUCAGAAGAUGGCGGAUUAUAAGUAUGUGCCUGGAGAAAAUCCUAUUUUUAUGAAUGAGAAGAUGUCAAGAAUUGAGAAAGACACUCAGGUGCGCUUCAUCGUGGUUGGAGCUAGGUAUGUGGAGGCGGAGAAGGAAUUCCAAGCAGUUGUGAGCUUGGAGGGUGAUUACCUUGGACCCAUUUCGCAAAGUUCAGUCUAGAUUUAGGUUAUUUGCCAUGAUUGGCACAUUUUGGGCAUAGACCAGUGACAUGUAGAGCUAACUUAUAUAGCUAUAUGUGUUUAGUACUGUUUUGGAUUUGACCGGCUUUUCUGUUGAUGUUGUCUGAAGUGUCUUACUCUCUCAUUUGGUCGCUUAAGCCCUUAAGUGAUUAUGUAAAUGUUUUAAGGCGUUGCAUGCCUUCACAGAUGGUUUAACUUAUUACGGUGAUAACCUAUAUGCAGAAUACCUUUCCGAA